GACGAGACCACGUGCAGGCUACAAAUUAAUCCAUUACAAAAUGCUAAAUUAAUUGUGUUCUGUAUUAAAAUUAAACGUACGGCGCUAUCAUAGCACAGUUACUCGCAUAGUUUGACUUCGUCAUUGAUUCAGAUUUCAGAAGCAUGAGACGGCGCAUGACAGAGUCAAUUUUUUAAAUAGAAAGUCUAGAUUUCGUGUCAAUUUCAUUCACGAUUAAUUUUAUUAUGGAUUACAUAGCUUGUCUUUUACCAUUCCUACUAUAGCUUAAGGAUUACUGGUGAACAAAUUUUCCUCGAUUAUUUAUUUUGAAAAAAGGUUUCACCAAGAAGUAUACUAGAGGGUGUCGAACUCCAGUUCAACCGCCAUCAUUUGUCUGAUUUAUGUUUAAAAAAAAAAACAUGUUUGAUUUCAGUAGCAUUUUGACUAGUCGCCGGAGCACAGCUGCAUACUUAGGCUCUUAUUUCACGAUGGAGAAUAAUGGGAGCUUUGCAUUGUGUAUAUUAUUUCUUGAACUUGCUCUGUGUUGGGCGUAUGCAAUGUUUGUUGACUAUACUGGAGAAUCGAUUGGAAUCGUCGUAGAAAAUGAUUUUGAUCGUGUUCGUGGGACUCACGUUAGAAAACAUUUGUCAUCGAUUUACUACUACAUGUUUCAGGAUGUUCAUUUGACGGUGGUCAUUGGGUUCGGCUUCCUUGCAACUUUUUUAAAACGGUAUGGCAAUAGUUCUGUCGUCUCGACUUUAUUGGUCGUGGCAAUUACACUUCAAUGGGCGACUUUAUGCCAAGGAUUUUUUCAAAUGCAACGCGGGAAAAUUCACGUCAGCAUUACCAAUUUGGUGCAUGCUGAUUUCGCUACGCUAGCGAUAUUAAUUUCAUUCGGAGCCGUUCUUGAUUUGACCACUCCGACUCAGUUGAUAAUUAUGGCCAUCUGUGAAAUACUUUGUUUCGCCACCAACGAAUACAUCUGCCUCGACAUUUUACAGAUUUCGGACGUUGGAGUUUCAAUGUUGGUUCACGUUUUUGCUGCUUAUUUCGGCCUAACAGUGAGUUGCGUCUUGCGAAAAAACAGACCGGAAAGAGAGACGGUCAGUAUCACCCUUCCAACUUCCGAUCUAUUCGCCGUAAUCGGUAUUAUUUUUAAUGUCGUUUUGUUGAAAGAAAUAAUUUUCCGAUGGGAACUUUUAGGGACGAUGUUUCUAUGGCUUUUUUGGCCUACACUAAACGCUAGUUUAGCUCAGGGCGAUGCCCAGCACAGAGCUGUUAUUAAUACUUACUAUUCUUUAGCAGCGAGUACUGUCGUGACUUUGGCUAUAAGUCUAAGUUCCCUUUUGGACAAUAAACGAUCCUAUACGGUACAAAUUCAAAAUUCAGCUUUGGCAGGAGGAGUUGCAAUUGGCACAGCUGCUGACAUGAUGAUUUAUCCAUUUGGUGCGAUUAUUGUGGGAUGUUUCGCUGGGCUAGUUUCAGUGCUCGGAGUGGUGGUUUUUACUCCAGGAAUCAAUCGAAUAUUCGGUAUUCGGGACACUAAUGGUGUUCACAAUUUACAUGGCCUUCCGGGAUUAAUUUCCGCAUUUGUAGGAGCUAUUGCAGCGGCGUUUGCUACAGAAAAAAAUUACAAUUACACUUUGUAUCGGCUGUUUCCUGCUAGAACACCCAUGGUCAAAACUCCAGAUUACUGGAAUUUGGAACACCACGUUGGAAAUGUUGUGCCAGGGUUGGCUCGUUCUGCUUUAAGUCAAGGAGCUUACCAAAUUGCGGCUCUAGGAACUACUCUAGCAUUUGCUAUAUUCGGAGGACUAAUUACUGGGUUUGUUUUACGCUUACCGCUUUUUAAUCAGCGAAGGAGGAACAAUUUCAUUAACGACGAGGUGUAACAUUAAUCGACUUAUCAUCUUCAAUAAUGAAUAUUUUAUAAAGAAACACUUAUGGCUUAUUGCAUUUAAUUUAACGGUAACAAUAUUCGUAGUUGUCUAAAUACUGAUCUAAAAAACUGUAAAAAGAAAAAAGGUUCCAACAAAAAUACAGUUUGCUACAUAGGUUUCCAAAAUGAAGAGUACAAGAUGAUUGACAAUGAAUGGUAUGAUAUUAAGGUCGGAGGUUGAUCGAUAAUCUCACAACAAAGGCUUCCUUAACUCCCUAGCCAUGUCAGAUCCACAUAUUUUCCUUAGAAAUAAAAUACUGAGAAACUCUAUAGUUUAAGUUGUCAAAGUGUGGCCUCGUCAUUUUGAAAA